ACAAACUAACUUUUUAGGAUAUGGGGGUCUCUGAUUUCCCCUCCUCAAGGAUACACCUAUGGAGCUCCCAACCAACUGGGAAAGUGGCUAAAGUCAGCUUAUCUCCAAAAUGUGUUGGUAGCAUAGUGAUAAGUGAGCAUGUUUUGAGGCGUGCCGCUAAGCUGAGCUCAGUACAACGUGCUGGGUUUGAUUGCUUCCUUUUGGGAACCCCCAAGAUCACAAACCAAACUGUGUCUGUUUGUGUAGACAGAAUGGACCAUGGCAAGGAGACUAUAUCAGAUGGUAAAAUAGUGAAGGUACCUACGAUGUUGAUACCAGGGGAUAUGAUCUUGCCCACCAAGAUAUUAUCUGAGGAGGACUCAAUGACCUACACCACUGACCAAUACCUUCAUUCUUUCAAUGAAUUAGAAAAAACGUUGAAAAACGGUAGUAACGUGGGAGAGUUGUUGAAAAUGAGGUGCAUUAUAUCGCUAAUGCCAGAUGAUGAUCUGGGUACCCCUCUCAAAGUGACGUGUGAGAUGGUCUACCCUGGAGUAGGGUUUGAAUUGAAACCUGUCGCCCCCCUCCCUUUAGCCUCCACCCCUAUCACUAGAUCUCUCAGUGGGGACCUAGCUGGGGUAACCAAAUCAGGGUAUUUGACACUAGACAGAGCAAGACGAGGAGUCCUGAUUCUUUCUGGUGAUCAAUCUAACAUGACUGAUAGCAUCCUAGUUGGUGGGUGGAUCUCACUUCCUCUCUCCCAUCCCAUCAACUCUGAUCCUUCUUACCCACUGGGUCCUGCUAUCUGGCAACUCCUCCUCAACUAUACCUUCAAUACUUCUCUUAUCAGAGAAGCGCAACCUCCAGCUCCCUUCUUACUCUGUGUCUUGUCUGGUGGCUCAGUUCUGACUUGGGAAUGUUCAGUAAAUCAGCAGCUACCUUCCUUCAGACAUGUCAAAUGUACAAAAUAUGUUGUAGUCCCGGAUACGCAGAUAUCAGACACAACAACUUUCUACCUGGAGAAUGUGCCCUCUGAUAGCAAUGCUAACAAAAUGUUCACCUCUGCUCUCAACACUAUUACUCAUAACAUCUGGGAUAAGCCAGGAGAAGAAGAGGAUCCUGAUGAAUCUGGGCGUGGCAGUACCCACAAUGAUUUAGAACCGAGACCUGCUCCCAGUGCUACUCCCUCUAAAACUCCCUCAGCCCCUCGCCGCUCCCUCUCUCCUCUUUCCAUACUUGGACCCUCCUCCAGUGCGACACUAACUAAAGCUAAUGAUAAUCUUAACAAAUCAAUAUUACACAGCCUACAGUUAAACAACAUAUGUAAUGGAGUUGCAAAUGUAAGAGUGGGAUGUGAUGGUAAAGAGAAUGGGAUGACAGCUGAUAAGACGGAAGAAGAGAACGGUUAUACAGAAGGAGGAGAUAACGGUUUUACAGAAGAUAACGGAGGAGAGAAUGGUUUGACAGAUAAAGCGAACAGUCCCCCGGACCCCACCUACCCGCCCAACUCACUGCUCUCUCCCACCCACUACCCUCCUGGUGCUGCUCCAUUCGACCCUCGCUACAUGUACGCGGGGAGGGGUGACUACACGGGGAGAGGCGACUAUACAGGAAGGAGCGAGUCUGAUAUGUACUCAGCGCAUUCCAGACAGGGAUCAGAUCCUUACAGUGCACCUGGAAUACACAGCCCUAUAUCCCCCUACUAUUACAACCCGUAUAUAGACCCCAUUAGGUACCAGUACCCCUACCCACACUACCCACCUAUGUACCCACAUAAUGUACCUGCCUUCUACCCGCCUAACUAUUCUCCUUCUCGUCGCUCCAAGAAGCUGUCCAAAGAAAAGGGAGAAAAGCUGUCUAAAGAGAAGAGUGCAUUCCGUACACUGGGCCGUGCGUCCCCCAACAAGCGCACAAACCACCGCUCGCCUGACAAGUCCAGUUUUUCUUCUGCUAACAAAUCUGUGUGUUCAACUUCCACUGUCAGUUCUCGUGACUCAACAAAUAACAGUUCACGCUCUAAACGAAGUGGAAGGAGCAGUGCUAAGAAGCAACUCUAUCCUGAGAGUAACAACACUACACGCUCUAUGAAAAGUAGUGCUAGUAGCUCCGUUUCUGAGAGAAGGAAGGAUACUUGCAUCAGAGAUACCAUCGACAAAUCUUCGCGAAGCAGCAGAACAGCUUCAUCUCAGAGCGAGUCUGCGUCGAUUAGCGCUAAAGCAUUAAAAAUGUUGACUUUGCAGAAACGGCAACUGGAUCAUCUACAGCAACAGGUGUCUUUGUUAAUGAAGAACGCACACACGACCACCCAACCUCAAAGUGAAGUAGUAAGUCUGGAUAAGAGUAUAGAGACAAUGAGAAAUCAGAUGGAGAUACUGGAACAGCAAAUAGACAAGGGUGUCUCCAGCUCCACGGAGACUAACGAUAUGUGUGUUGGUACUGGCGAAUCACUGGUUCUCACUGAAAACACAGCAACUGAGAUGACCCAACACCAGUUAAAUGACCAGUCAGCCCAGUGUCCAGUAACUUGGUCGCAUGAUGUGUCACGUGAUACAUCUCUGAGUGAGAGGUGCUGUGAUGGAGGGCCCAGUGAGACUGACUCUACCUCAUUCUACCUGAGAUUUAAGGAAAACGAGGACCCUCACCGCUCUAACGGCUGGGAUUCGUCAGAAAAUCAAAAUGUAAAGUUCUCGCCGGACGAUGUUGUAUCCACCAAAUACCGCGAUCAGUCCAUCUUUCAGCACCCGAAAAUACAAGCCCCCUCUCUUAAUCACUCUAUCUACAACAGCGUGUAUUUUGGGGAGGAGUUUGACAAAUCAUCCUAUCCCAGCUCCAGAUCUGUUGUUAAACCGGAGUACUCUGUCGCGAGCAGGAAGUAUUUAGAGAAACAUCAAUUAGUUUCCCCACCCACCAAGCAUGUAGACAAGAGGAAGAAGGAAAAGAUCGUCUAUAAAAAUGGUAAAAUAAUGCAGCGAAAUAUGGAUCCUGAGUCAGUGGACUUUCAUAGACUUGAACUGAAAUGAGAGAUACAUUCGACCCUGCGAUAUUAUAGUUCGCCAAGAAUCAAGUUAUUGAAAACGAGUAUUGUACAGAAAAUGCUCGUUUUUUCUGCUGAGUUAACUGUUAGGCACGGAUGAUGUUACAUUUCGAAUUUUUGAGUUUCAAUUCAAAACUGGUCUUAGAAUGCUGACACUUUUCAACAUAUUUAUUGUUCAUGCGUGUGAUCAAAAUUUUGAGAACCCCAAGAAUAAAUCAACUGUUAAGAUGGUGAGCAUAAUUGCGAUUUGCAAUUGAUGUUCAAAUACGUUCGCGGCAGCAUGUGAGUAGCAGUGGUAGAGGCCACUUCGUGGGGUAAGAAAGAAGGAGGUUCAGAAACUUGAGGUAGUUUCAAGUUGUAUCAGUUGAAUGAUUUGGGAUAUAAAAGCAAAAAUUUAGUGUCCAUUUUCCUAAAGUGACCUAGAACGGCAGCCUGUCGUCCAAAUAAGUUCCGGUUGGAAUUGAGAAAUCAGUUUCAUGUUGUAUUUGUACUCCUGAGUCAUAGCCUUGUGUUAGAGUUCUCUAAUCUCACAUUCGCAUUUCAAUAAUACACUAUAAGACCCUCCGCUCAAGUCUGAUGAUAUAUAAGUAUAAUUUUAAUCAUUAUAACACUGUUCGGUUUGUUCUAGGUUCGGUCCGCUUGCGCGGCUCCAAAUUUCACUAGUAAAUUGAUUAGAUCCACGCAACCGAACCGUACCUGCUAAAGUUCAGCAUGGCAGUGUACAAUUAUGCAUUGUUGUUCAGGAAAAUUUACGCAGUUUCCAUAAUUUGCAUUUAUUUUAUUUUCAGGAAGCGAUUUAAGUUAAGUUUUAGACUAGGUGACAUAUUGUAGUUACAUGGCUAUGUUAUUUGUAUAAUGCAUUUGUAAUAAUUUUUCUUACAAUA